GCCAUUUCUCUCUCUAGCAGCCUUGGAGCUUCAGAUUGUUACUUGAUUGCGCAAUACAAUCUAGCGCUAACUUCCAUCUCCCAUCAUACUUUCAAUUUCUACCAGUUAGCUAGCUUGCCGAUCCACAUUUAAUCCAUGGAGACCAAAGCCCUUAUCCUGAUCACCGUGUCUAUGGCCAUGAUUGGGACGGCGUUCGGCACCAGCCACACGGUGGGUGCCCCGGGCGGUUCAUGGGACUUGCAGACGAACUACUCCCAGUGGGCUUCGAGAAUCAGGUUCACCACCGGUGAUGAGCUCCAGUUCCUGUACCCCGCCACCGUGCACAACGUGGUGGAGGUGAGCAAGGCAGGGUACGACACUUGCAAUGGCUCCAGACCCAUUACAACGUUCCCAACCGGAGAUGUUGUCCCGCUCGCUGCCACCGGGACACGGUACUUCAUCUGCGGCGUUCCCGGACAUUGCAUCGCCGGUAUGAAGGUCCAGGUUGAUGUUAAGUCAAAAGUAGUGCGCACAGUGCAACGGUGCCGAGGGACGGGGAAUCGGCGUCGGUGCCAGUCCAAGAUUGUAUCAAGCUCAGCCGCGGCGGGUUGCAUUGGACACUCUACGGUGGCCCGGUUUAGUGUGGCAGCUGUUGUGAUUGGCCUCAUGCUGUUUUUUUAGAGUUAAUGAUGAUUGUGCUUCUUUGUUUCUUUCC